UUGAACUUAUCAACAAGCCUUCCGAAGCUCGCCGCUUGCAGCCCGCUUGUUCCCCUCCGCUCCCUGUGUUCUGGGACUCCCUCUGUUCUCCACCCACCCUCUGCGGGGCCACGGGUGGAAGUGGAAGUGGGUGUGUCGAUGCGAGCCAGUGUAGCCUCGCCGUCGCUCGUGCGCUCUCUGAAAAAGAGGAAAAAGUUGAUGAGGAGUUCAGAGUAAGAGCGGCCCAGCCUCGGAGCAGGCUAACCGUCCCGGGAAUGGCAGUCUGGACCCGAGCGGACAAAAACGGCCAGCUGGACCUUCUGCUCCGGGACCGCUGGAUCCGAGUGGCAGCCGAACUCACGCGGGAGACGUUGACUUUAACGGCCGAGGCGGAGCUGAGCGGACAGGGGGGUAAUCACUGGGACUACACCUCGGCUGGCCUACGAAAUGGCAUGUCGAACGGAAAUGACCCCGGAGCGAGCCCCGGGAACCCUGGACGCGGUUCUUCCUCGGGUCAAGACCAGCUUCAGAACCGGGGACGCAGUAGUAGCCCGGGUCGGGGGAGCGUCAGCCGGUGUCAGUAUGAUGGAAACUACGGUGUAAACAGUUCUGGAAAGUACCCGGUUAACGGAGCAAACUCUGACUUUGGAAGUCCGGGGUCUGGCUACGGGAGUCCCGGGUCGAGCUUCGGGUCGAGGCAAGGCGACCCCCCGGUCAGCCUGGACGGUUCCUCCGAAGCGGUGCGGAAAGUCCGGGUUGUCAAACAGGAGUCCGGCGGGCUGGGGAUCAGUAUCAAAGGGGGGCGGGAGAACCGGAUGCCCAUCCUCAUCUCUAAGAUCUUCCCGGGACUCGCCGCGGAUCAGAGCCGGGCUCUCCGGGUGGGCGACGCCAUCCUGUCGGUGAACGGGAACGACCUCCGGGAGGCGACGCACGACAUGGCGGUUCAGGCGCUGAAGAAGGCCGGGAAAGAAGUCACGCUGGAGGUGAAAUACAUCCGCGAGGUGUCGCCGCUCUUCAAGAAGCCGUCCCUGGUGGCCGACCUGCCGUGGGACGGCGUCCGCCCACAGUCUCCCAGCUACAGCGGCAGCGAGGACUCUGGGUCGCCCAAACACAGCAGCUCAUCGUCCACAUCCAAAGAUAGGAAGGUCAUCAGCCUGAAGAUGUGCUUCAUCAGCAGGAACCUCACCAUGCCUGAUCUAGAGAACAGGCUGCUGGAGCUGCACUCCCCGGAUGGCCAGCACACCGUGGUGCUACGCUGCAAAGAUGGAGCUUCUGCCAACGCCUGGUUCACCGCCAUACACACCAACAUAGCCGCCCUCCUGCCACAGACCCUGGCACACAUCAACGCCUACCUGGGGGCGUCAUCUACAGCCUCCACACACCCCCACUUGAAACACAUUGCCUGGUUGGCUGAACAG